AUGACCCCAGAACAGCCCAGUAUCUCUCGCUUAAUCGCUCAAUCGUCUUGGUUUAUCAAGCCAGUUGCUGUGGCCAGAACAAGCCCUCAAGUUACCCACCGUCGCGCUUUCAGACGAACAGAUGAUUAUGCUCCAGGAAAGCCGAAGUUGAAGCUUGUACAGGAAGCGCUCGCGCUGCCACUUGCACCGAGCGCAGUCUUGAUCAAAGUCCAUGCCGUAGCACUUAACUACCGCGACGCAAACAUUGCGAAUGGGGGGAACCCGUGGCCAGCGGUUCCAAUUGGGAUAUUGGGUAACGAUGCAGCGGGCGAGGUUCUCGCCGUUGGAGAUAAGGUGAAGACAUUGGCGGUUGGGCAUAGGGCCGGGCCCAUUACGGACACUGAGAAUAUUUCCGGGCGUGAAGUGAAGCGGUCGUGGCUGGCAGCUGACGAGGAUGGAGUUAUGGCGGAUCAUAUUAUUUUCGACGCGGAUGCUCUGUGUAAGCUUCCGGGUUAUCUUGAUUGGGUUGAAGCUGCUACGAUUCCUUGUGCUGGUGUUACCGCUUGGUCGGCGUUGAAGGGCACCGGAGGGGUUAGUGUUUUUGCACUCAAGCUUGUAAGAGCCGCGGGCCUGCGGGUGAUUUUGACAUCUUCGAGUGACAAGAAGCUCGAACAAAUGAAGAUGAAGUAUUCGAACCCGCCGAUCAUGACGACAAACUAUUCUCAAACGCCAGAGUGGGACAAAGAAAUUCUCAAGUUGACCAACGACGUCGGUGUGGACAUUAUUGUUGAAACUGGCGGGUCAAGCUCUUUAAUUAAGAGCAUAAGAUGUACUCGACGUGGCGGCGUGGUCAGCCAGGUCGGAUAUCUUUCACGACAGGACCCUAACGACCUGCGAGAGCUGAUCCCGACCAUUAUCGAUCGAAGGACUAUUUUGAGAGCAGCUCAAAUGCCGUUGAAUGGCCUCAUUGACAAAAUAUUUCCAUUUGAGCAAGCCGAAGAGGCUGUUGAAUAUGUUUGGGAGGGUAAACAAAUUGGGAAGAUUGUGCUCCGUAUUUAG